AUGACCUAUAGGCAGCCUAUGGCAGAUCAUUAUAAAGUUCUAGGUGUAUCGAGUACUGCUUCUCGCGAAGAACUUAAAAGCUGCUACCACAACUUAGUUCGAGAACAUCAUCCAGAUAAGUCCUCUUCUCAAGAUGGUUCGAAUUUUUGUCAAAUUCAGGAAGCCUGGGAAGUGCUGAGUGACGACAAUCGCCGAAGGCAGUAUGAUGCUGAGAUUAAAGCAGCAGAGCUAAAGACGGUCCAUCCUGUGCAAGAAGAAGUCAGUUUGCACGAAAUGCUAUUCGACCAAGAUCUAAAACAGUACCAAAAAAUCUGUAGGUGUGGCGGAUCUUAUGUUUUUGAUGAAUCUGAUGUUUGUGAACAAUAUCUGCUAGUAGACUGUGAUAAUUGUUCUCUGAGCAUUGUUGUUGAUUGCAUUCAUAAAUCAUCUUGA